AAAAUAAAGAAAAAUGAAAUAUGUAGAGAAAGAGGAGAUAAUUAAAAUACCUUAUCCGAAGAAAAGCGAGUCACUGAAAAUGGCGACUAAACCAUCCUCCUCUCUCCACCUCCCCAACCCAUUCCCACUCGCUCCCUCCUCUUCCAAGCCCCGCCCCCUUAACUUCUUCCUUUCAUUCAAACCCAGAGCUACCGGUACCGACACCGACUCCGAUUAUCCGCCCUCCGACUCAUCCAAGCCCACCACCCAAUCCGAUGACUUUGAGGAUCGACUGAGCCAGGUCCGACUCCGCUACCGAAGCGGAACGGGUAAGAAAGCGGAGAUUCGAAAGACGAGGAAGUCGAAGAAAAGCACGUCGUCUCCAGCCUCGAUCUAUCUCCCGCCAGUUCCGUUGAAGGAGCCGAUGGCGGGUCGGGUCAAGGUGGAUUUCGGGUUCAGUCCGUACAGCGAGAGGUUGAAUGGGAGGUUGGCGAUAUUGGGAUUGACGGCGUUGUUGCUGGUGGAGCUGGCGACGGGGAAGAGCGUGAUAAAUUAUCAUACGCCGUCGAUUGUGUUCGUUCAGGUGUACUUCGUUGCGGCGGCGACGGCAUUGUAUGUUAAGUUUCAGAAAGAAAGUGUAAGUGUUUGGCCCAAUUCUUCUUCCAAAGAAUGAUAUAAAAGUACAUAUAUAUAUAUUAUUAUUGAGUUAAUUAUAUAUCAAAUUUCACCCUUUUUUUUUAAAUUAUUAUUUGUCUGAAGAAAAUUGAAAUUUUCAGUAAUUGUUUGUUCUUUGAAGUUUGAGCAAUGAUAGUAGAAAUGGUAAAUAAAUGUGAUAUAUCAAUGGCUUUGAUUGCAAA